AAAAUAUCGAAGUAAAGACAGGCGUGCAGUCCAUUAAAAUACUUUUUAUUUAAUUUCCUAUAGCAAUUAAGCUGCGUUAAUCAAGCGCUAUAGAAACUAGAAGAAUGUUUAAAUUUGGCUUGGCGGUGCUUUGCUUGCUCAGCGUUUCAGUGGCGACGUGGGGCGCGCGCACCGUGGACAGUCAUCUGGGUACAAAAGAUCUCUCGCGUCUUCAAAAAGUGUUUGUCGACGGACUAAGCUCCAACGAUCUGCAGGCCGUCUAUUAUGCCAGCCUGAAUAUUGAAACCACGGAUGCUGCGACGAAGGAAAACCUGUGCAAAAAAAUUCAAACACUGCAUGAGGAGUCCAAGCUAAAUAACUUUGAAAAGGAUUACUAUCUGGUUGGCGCUAACAGGAAUCUGCGCUGCUCGACUAAGCUGCCAGAAGCGUUGCUUUCGAAGAUCUACAAGUCAGUCGAUUUGGAGCUGGGCAGCGCGCAGGAAAUCUAUUACCGUUUGGCCACGCACAAGACGCUCGGCGUGCAGGUCAAUGAAGCAAAUCAGGCCAAGUUAGUAAAACGUCUUCAGGAACUGUUGAAGAAAGACGACACGCUUAGUGGCUUAGGAUAUGCCUUCCAUGUAGCUACAGAACUUGGCGCCAGCGGCAGCUUUAUUACCAAUCGUAUUGAGGAUGCUGUAGUCCAGGCUGACGAGGUAGAUGGCAAGAUGCUGCAGUUUGAGGGCGGUCUCAGCAUUACCGCACUGCUGCUAAAUGGUGUUUUUAGCGUUGCCAAGGCCUACAACAAGCCAACACCUGUUACCGCUGAUCAGGCAGUAAAGUUUUCAAACUAUUUGUUGAGUCGUCGCUCAGUGCAGACCGCCAAGGGCGCUCAUGUGCUCAUCGAGGCGCUGAAGACAAUUGCAGCCAAUGCUAACGUGGCGCCCAUCUGUAUACAACUGAUUGGCAAUGGGCAGUUGGAGCCACAGUCGCCCACACUGAACGUGGCCGUGUUGGACUUACUCGGCAAGCCACUCUCGCCGGCUGUCAAGAGUUUAAACGCCAAGGUAGUGUUGAAACAAAAUAAUGUAGUAUUAGCGGAGAAGGUGCAGCUGCUGUCGAAAUCGUCCGACAAGACCACUUAUGUGGCCGAUCUAAGCAGCCUGAAGCCGACGCGCGGCAUCUAUCAAGCAGAGAUCACUGCCGAUGGCGGUUACACACAAAAGCUGCAAUUCAAGUUGCUGGGUCGCGUCAAAGUUCAAGGUUUGGAGCUCGGCAUUGCCGAAUCGGAUUCGAGCGCUGCAAUGCGCAAACAAAGCGUUACUUAUCCCAGCAAGCUGAAGGACGAGCUCACCGCAGACAGCACACAAAAGCUACUGCUUAAGGCAGUGCUUGUAGACGAGAGUAGCAGCAAGCCAAUCAAGGUGCAUCAGGCCUUUGUGCGCCUACAGAACAAACAAAACGAUAAGGAGAUAAUUUUCGUUGCCGAGCAGGAUAGCAGUAAGGCUUACAAAUUUGACAUGGAUGUGGGCAAUCAAGGCAAGAACUUUGACUAUGAAAGCGGCGUAUAUAAUGUUUAUCUUACUGUGGGCGAUGCCUCGCUUUCCAACAGCUUUGAUUGGCUGCUGGCUGAAGUGCAGCUUAAGUUCAAUCAGGAUCAGGUUGGCAAGCCCGGUACGAAACGUGGCCCACUGCCUGAGAUAGUGCAUCAGUUCCGUGUACCCGACAAGCGUCCGCCACGAAUUGUUUCGGACGUCUUCACUGGACUCUGCAUUACACCACUCGUGCUGCUCUUUGUCUUCUGGGGUAAAUUGGGCAUUAAUGUUUCCAAUCUAUCGCUGUCGCCCAGCACGAUUGGUUUCCAUUUGGGCUUUGGUGGUAUACUAGCCUUAUUCUUUGUGUUUUGGCUACAACUAAGCAUGUUCCAAACGCUGCGUCUGCUCGUACCCAUCGCAAUAUUCACAUUCCUGUGUGGCAAUCGUGUCCUACGACGCCUCUACACCCAGCGCAAUGGAAAGAAUUCGGCAGGCACGUCGUAAGCAUUGCACACAACAUAUUGCGAGCGAUAAAUACCACACUAUAAAUAAGAAAAACUUUAAUAAAGCAUUUAGUGUAAGCUUUAAAACAAACAUUAGUAUUGCU